UGCUCAGCCUGGGGUCAGGCCCCGAACAUGACCAUGUCCUUUAGGGGGCCUGAACCCUGGCUCCCUGCAUCCUUGAUAGGGCGGAGGCUGAAGGCUGAGGAGAAGACGCUGGACCUGGAGUUCGAGGUCUUGAGUGUGGGAUUUAACGAGAAAGGCAGAUAUGCCCUGCGGCUGUCAGCUGAGAACCCACUACUGGCAGGCUCUGGAGAUGGCGUGCAGUUGCAGGUGAAUGAUGGGAACCCCCUCCCAGCCUGCUCUGCUGUCACUGAUGUCAUUGAGCAGCAGGAUCCUGGCCAGAGCCUCACCCUUUCCAGGAACAAGUUCAUCUUUACUUUGCCCAAAGGGUUCUGCAAGAAUGACGGGCAUCACGAUGCACGGUUGCGAGUGGAGGCUCUGCGGCUGGAUGGAGCCUCAGGACAGGCAGCCCAGCGGGUGGGCCAGGCCAUCUUCCCCAUCUACCCACGGCCAGACCAACCCCGCAUGAACCUGGAGGCGCAGGAGCACGAGGACCUGUACCGCUACUGUGGCAACCUGGCUCUGCUCCGGGCCAGCAAGGACCCCACAGUCCGCCACUGUGGUGGCCUGGCCUAUAGCGUGGCUUUUCAUGUGCACCGGGCCCCUCGGCCUCCUGCUUCAAACUGUCCUCCAGCACACAGCCAACCAGAACUGACAGCACCAAAUCCAGAGCCUCAGCUCCCCAGGCUGCAGGUCACUGAGGGCCCAGAGAAGCCCCUGAACACCUCCCAGAGCAUGAAACCUGACUUCAGCCACCUGUCUCCCCAUAACAUGGAGACCAUCGCGGUCACUCUCCACGGGGCUUCCAACCUUCCCACCUGCAAGGAUGGCUCUGAACCAUGGCCCUAUGCGGUAGUGGAAACCACAUCUAAAGAAGCUGACAGACAGAGCUCCAAAGCAGUCACCUCAGUGACCUCAGAGCCCACCAGAUCCCCCAUCUGGGGGGACACAGUGAAAGUGGAAACCCAAGCCGAGAAUUCAGGGCAAGAAGAUGUGAUCCUCAAGGUGGUGGACAACAAAAAUAAAGAGGAGCUGUUGUCCUACAAAAUCCCCAUUAAGUACUUGCGUGUCUUCCACCCCUACCACUUUAAGCUAAAUUCCACUCAGCCUGAGAAAUCCAGCCAGGACACUGCAGAGCCCCAAAUGUAUGCCACUAUCGUUCGGAAGAGCAGCUUUAUCCCCCACUACGUCGGCUAUGACCACACAGCUCUGGAGGUCUUCCUCCGGGGAGUCAACGAGCCAAUGGUCAACAACCCCAACCCCAUGGUAGUGGUUGCCCGUGUGGUUCCCAACUAUAAGGAGUUUAAGGACAGUCAGGCCAGACAGAGCGCGACCUCCACAGGGCUGCACAUCAUUCCACUCUCCUUUCCUAUCCAAUCAGUGAUGAACUUUGAUGUUCCUCCGGUCAGCAAGAAUGGGUACCCUCAGCUGUCCAAGCCUGGGGGACCUCCAGAGCUGCCCCUGUGGAAUCAGUCCUUCCUCUUCCAAGGCCGAGAUGGAGCCACCAACUUCUCCAAAAAUGCAGCCUUGGUGCUAGAGUACUACUCUUCCUCUUCAGUGAAAGGCAGCGAACCAUGGACCUUCGGCAAGCCCCUAGGUGUCUCCGUGUUGCCGCUAAAGAGUCGUUUGUACCGCAAGAUGACAGGGAAAGGCGUGAAAGGGCUACGUAUAGAGCGGCUCCCCAUCACUGACACCAACCUGAAAACCAUAAGUGGUGAGGCCCCCACAGUGGAUCUCUCCUUCCAACUGCUUUCCUCUGAGAGACCAGAAAACUUCUUGACACCGAACAACAGCAGUGUUCUGCCCAUCCUGGACCCCAAGAUCCUAGAUGAGAAGCUGGGUAUCAUCCACGAGUCCUGGUCUGAGGCCACCAUGAGCUCCACAAUGAACUCCAGUCAAUCCACCGCUAAGGAUGUAGAGGAAGAGCCUCAGAUUCCAGAGAUGCCCCAUGACAUGGAGAUGAACAACUACCGGCGGGCCAUGCAGAAGAUGGCACAGGACAUCCUGUUGCUGCGGAAACAGGCCAGCACCUUGGAGUGGGAAAACCGGAUGCUGAGAAGCCACCUGACCCAGCAGGAAGUAGAAGAGGGGCAGAGCAAAGAUGAGGUCUCAAACCUGGCGAUGUCCAUGAAGGAGAAGCUGCUACUGAAGGAGUUGGACAUGAGGAAGUUGAGGGACAAGGUGCAGCAUCUGCAGAAUGAGCUGAUCCGGAAAAAUGAUCGAGAGAAGGAGCUGCUCCUCCUGUGCCAGGCUCGGCAGCCCCAGGAUGCGCAGCUGAAGCCGUACCAGGACAAGUUGACAAAGAUGAAGGCGCUGGAGGAGACUGUGCGGCACCAGGAGAAGGUGAUCCAGAAGAUGGAGCAGGUACUAGAGGACAGGCUACGGGAGAGAAAAGAACCCCCGCCACCCAACAAGCUGCAGGGGAAACCCAACGUUGGUGGGUCUGCGCCCCUAAGUGGAUCUUUCCCCCUGCUCUCAGGCUCUGGCCUUCCCCUGGGUUCUACGAGAGAGAACCUGCCUAUUGACGUUUACUCAGUGCUGCUGGCAGAAAACUCAAGGCUACGGGCAGAGCUGGAGAAGAACCACCACUCAACAGGCCCCAUCAUUCUACAGCAGCAGGCCCUGCCGGUGGACUCUGGGGAGUUGGGAGCAGGUGGAGACUUGGCAGAGCGGCUGCAAGAGACAGAUGGCCCAGGCCACUCCAAGUGCACAGAGACCUUGCCCGCACAGGAUCUUCUUACCAGUACUUCAGAUAAAUUUAAUCUCCUGGCCAAGCUGGAACGGGCUCAGAGCCGGAUCUUGUCCCUGGAAAGCCAGUUAGAGGACUCAGCUCGACGCUGGGGACGAGAGAAGCAGGACUUGGCCACACGGCUACAGGAGCAAGAACACGGCUUUGGGCCCCGCUCAGACUCUAUCAUCUUAAACCAGCCUAAUGCCUCCACCAACUCCAAGGACCUCAGGCAGCCCUCUAAGCUGGAGCCUGUGCAGCCCAGCUCAGACACGAAGCUCAACAAACCCUCAAACCACCAGAAGACCUCUAACUUCCAGCAGGCCUGAGCCUUCCCAAGUGCUGGGGAGUCUCACCUC